GACUGGACGAACAACAAAAAUGGAGUUGUGAACUAGUAGCAAGUUAGCCACGAAAGGACGUCCAGGUUGGCUUUUUUUGUAAUUACACAAUUAGAAGUCAGACUGAAGUGACGUAAUGUGGUCAAACUGUACGUAGCUUGUGCUUUAUAGCAGGCCUAAGAAGCUGUCGACCGGGUAAACAACCCGGUAGUUUGGCUACGACAAAGACAACAAGGCUUAGGAGCUAGCUAGCUAAAACAGGAGCAGCUGCUCGGUUUCACUCUCACGGUGGUUACGAGUUCACAAACGAAGACAACCGUGACUCGGACAGAAAUGGAGAAGGGAGAAUUCCUGAAGGGACUGCCCGUCUACAACAAAAACAACUUCAGCCGGUUCCAUGCAGACUCUGUCUGUAAAGCAUCAAACCGUCGACCGUCUGUGUAUCUUCCAACCCGGGAAUAUCCAUCAGAGCAGAUCAUAGUCACAGAGAAGACAAACAUCCUAUUGCGAUAUCUACAUCAACAGUGGGAUAAAAAGAAUGCAGCAAAAAAGCGGGAACAGGAACAAGCAGAAGGGGAGAACACAGCACCUCCACGGAAAAUUGCUAGAACAGACAGUCGGGAGCUGAAUGAGGAUUCAUAAAUUACUGUUUGUGCUCAACCAGUGAAGACUGACUAAAAAAAUGCACACACUGAUGCAGAGUAUGUGUUUGCAGGCCUUGGCACUGAAGCACACAAGAUUCAAUACAUGUCAGACCACAACUGUCACAUUGGUCUUAAUGUUUGCAACUGACUUCAGAUUUCCUCCUUAACCAAAAACUUUUCCCUUCAGUUAAUUUCCUGUUUUCACACAGGAUUUUCUGUACUUCCAAGAAGGCACCACCUCUGCCUCAGAGUUAUAGUCUUUGUAGUCUUGAAAUACCAUACAUCUACCUCCUUAUUCCUCAUUUCCUCUGGUUUUCACUCACUUGUGCUCACACUGUUUUCUUUUCAGUAUGCCAGGGGUAAAGUCGUUGUUCUUCUGCCACCAUUUAAGAGUUUACAGUUGUCCAUACAGUCUCUGAGAUAUGCAUGUUUUGUAGCAUGUCAUUUUUUGUGGCUCCUACUCCAUCAGGAAUUUUUAGUUUUGAAUGAAGUAAUGACAGUGGUCCUUUAAAAAGUUAUUUUAGCUAGUCUUCUAUGAGAUUACUGUCAUUGAAAAUAAAACUGCAUUGUGUUUGUGAAUUAGACUGAAUAACCAAUUCAGGGUCUUGAUUAUGGACUGUAUGGAGUGCUGAUGAUGUCAUUUUCUCCUGAUGAAUAAUAAUUUAUUGCCUUCGACGGAUGUGAGUGUGUUUCCACAAUGUCUUAGAGUGCCCCUUGGUUUACAUUGUUGUUUCGGGAAGAUGAAUCACUGUUGUUUUGAGUAGAUUUUAGCAUAAGGAUACAUUUAAGUCGAUACUAGAUGAUGCAAUUUUUUUUCUACCAGGUGACCUGCAGAUUUUGUAGACAUAUUCUCAGUUUGAUGUUUGAGAUCACCAAUUAAUAAGCAGGCUUGAUUUUUUUUUGGAACAGAAAGACACGGUAUGUUAUGGACUAGGUGAUGGCAGAAGGUAUGUGUACAUUUACACUUUAGCUAUACUAAUGUGUGGGCUACUUGUAAGGACAGCUGUCUGUCCUUGCUGUAAAGAUGCCAUUCACAUUUGUGCGAAUUGAGAAAAUGUAUGUCUGGAAAUAAGAAGCUUUCAACAACAGGGCUGAGUACACAGUGUAUUGACUGCAUGUAAAGUGUCAAUCUCACGUUCAACGCUCCACAGCUUUUGUAUAUUUGUACAGUAUGUACAUAUAUUGUGAUUGCCUUGAUCUUUUUUAUCAGGUAACAAGACAAGGACUAGCUCUGAGUUUGUCUUCCCCUAGUUAGCCAUAUUGUUAUUUAACCAACUUUUCUUUUACGCAGGAGAGAUACUAGUCAAGAGUUUGGUCAAAACAAACAAAAGCAUUUCCCUUAAUUUGCUGAGGCUUGAGUUUUGCACCUUCAGGGAGAUUUUUUAUUUUUUUUGCUAAGAGUAACCUGCUGCAGUGUUUUUGGCACAUUUCAAAGCUGAGUCAUUUAAAGCACAGUUUUCAUGGACUCCUGUUCAACAGUUCCAGAGUUUGUGUUCAGUACAUGUUCACUUUGCUUAUGCAAGUCGGUAUACAUAGAAUACUCACUUUAAGUUUUUCUAGGUUGAACCAGAGACAUGCGGUGUUUAUUUUCCUGGCUCUUCAUAAAAGAGUGUAAUUCUAAUUUUGUCACAUGGUUUGUAUUCUAUCACCUAACUACGUUUGGAAUGUGUUCAUUUUGCUUUGAAUCCACUUUGUAAAUGUAUUGUCAAUUUCAGAUCUUGUUCUUGUAUAGAUUCCUCUAUGAUGUACAGUAAAAACUUUUCUUGGAAUGAAA